AUGGCAGCAGCGAUAGAACAAUUCCAGAAGUCCGAGACGAGCCCAACGGGCAGGCCCAGCGGGGAUGCGGAGCACAACGUGUCCCGUUUCGACACGGCGGAACUCAUGGCGCGCGUUCGAGCCCUGGCCCAGUUCCCGGAGGAGCUCCCGGCAAUCUACAGUCGUGCCAAGCCAUCUUCUGCCUCGCUGCAAGCGGUGUAUGGGUGGCAGGACCUGCGGCGGCGGCGUGAGUUGGAGCUCCUCUCCGCGUACGGCGGCAGCGCCAUGCAGCCCUCAACCUUUGUGCCCACGACCCAGCUGCCGCUGGUGCACUCUCCUUCGACGCUGCACAGCAAUGAUGCCAUCGAGCGGCCCACCACCUCCCUCCCCCGCCAGGUCAGUGGCAUGCUGGGCAAGACGUCCAAGCACCACAAGGCCAAGGGGAACAGCAACGGGCGGACCUACACCAGCAAGUUCCGGGGGGUGCACCAGACCUUCCCCACCAAGCGAUGGGAGGCCCAGUUCCGGCGCAACGGCAAGCCCACCUCGCUCGGCUGCUUCGACGCGGAGGAGGAGGCGGCGCGCGCCUACGACAAGAUGAUGCUGUGGUGCGAGCUGCACCAUGCCACUGGGGUCAAGGGUGGCAUCACCAACUUUGACCACUCGGACUACGAGCAGGACGUGUCGUGGCUGCUCAACAUCACCCAGGACGACCUGGUCCAGCUUCUGAGGAGCGAUGGGAGGCAGCAGGCCCAGAGGCGAACGAUGCGCCAGAAGCGAGACCAGGUACUGUACAGCGGCGCUGGAGCCUCUGGCGACGACGACUGA